ACAAGCUAACAAAAACGAGCAAAGAACGAACGAACAAACGAACGAACGAACCAAAAUGUUGAGAAAAUUGCCAGGACAUUUCCAAAUUGAUGACUCCUUUCACAUUUUAGGGCAGGGAGCAUUUGGUGCAGUCUUUCUGGGACAUGACAACAGGACUCAAAAUUGCAAAGUUGCCAUUAAGAUGGCUCAGAAGAAGGGCUUCACAGACAAACAGCUCUUAAAAGAGAGAAAGAUAUUGGAGGAUUUGAAAUCUGCUGCACACAAAAACUUGGUAGCCUUCCUGUCUUUCGAGGAAAUCCCAGAUUACUUCGCCUUUAUCACAGAGUAUUGCAAUGGCGGAGAUUUUGAAUCUUUCAUGAGAGCAAUGAUGCCAAUUCAUAAUGACACAAUCGCAAUGUUCCUCAGACAUAUGUCCCAAGGCAUGCAGGCCCUCUCCUCCCACAACAUUGUACACAGAGAUCUGAAACCAGCCAACAUCCUGAUCCAUCACGGACCAUCGGAAAGUGUUUUUAAAAUCGCUGACUUUGGUUUCGCCAGAGUGCUGAAUGAAGGGUUCAUGGCGGCCACAAUAUGUGGAUCUCCCUCUUAUAUGGCACCUGAAAUACACUUGAACAGUAGGUACGACUUUAAGGCUGACCUUUGGAGCAUUGGAGUCAUAACUCACCAAUGCAUGACCGGAAAGUUGCCAUUCCAGUUUAAAACACAAGAAGAGCUACGAUGGUUCUUCAGACAUCGCGAAAUAAACAUCGAAUUUCCCGAAAUUGCCAACUCGGACUUGAAGGAUCUUAUUUCUGGUCUUCUGGUGAAGAGACCAAGAGACAGGAUGAAUUUUGACCAAUUUCUGGAACACCCCUUCUUGCAGUUCGGCACAAAAUCUGAUAAAGGAUUUGUCAUUCCGGAGCAAAUGGAAGAGCAGAGGAGAAUUAAAUUGAAAAAGUCGCUACAAAAGGGAGGUGAGGAUCUAAAAAAGGAGGAAGAGAGUGAAGAUGACGACGAAGUUUUCAUGAAAGACUUCGAAAUGGUCAAUGCAGAUCAGAUUGAUGAAAUACCGAGUCAAUCUCUCCCGAGAACUUCCACCGUCGCCAGGCCCAGCGUGAUGGGGGCCCUCAAGUACAUUGGCGGAUUGCCCAUGCAAAACCUAAACAAACUUCUGCAGUACGCCAGCAUCGUAGCGCCAGCAAAAACAACCCCGUCGGUAACAAAAAACAACCGGAUAAGAUCUGAAGUGAAGUUUAUGAUGACCGGAUCAUCUUCCUUCUCUUCCCUGUCCAGUGGCUCCAGCGACAACCUGCACGACACUGGCAACAGGCAACCUCGUCGCCAUUACCAACAACGCCAGCAAGAAAAACAAUUGCAGCUUCUUGAGCAAAAAGAGAAGCGGCAUCACCAGCGUCUACUCCACAGCAGGAGCCUGAUGACCAAGGAACAGAUCGAGUUUAUCGAUAAACUUGAUUUCUUAGUUCAAGUGGGUUUCUGCAUGAGGAAAGUAGCUGACGACGGCUGCAGGCUGGGUGAGGAGGAGGAGAAUCGACUGAGGGCACGGAGGGGCUCCGACGUGGAACUAUGCGUUCAAGCUCAAGGACGUUUUCUGCAGCAGUCGAAGUCCAUGUCGGCUCUCCACGUUGCGUCUCAGCACCAGAAAGAACAACUGGUCCUUUACAUGCGGGCGCUUGAAAUUCUACAUGAAGGCAUUGAGUCAGCGAAAACAGCUCAUGGUGGCAAAAGAUUCGAUGGAGUUGGCCUUCAGAACGUCUUAGACAAUCUGAUAUUUUGCUACCAAGAGUGCCACAAUGCCACUAACAGGCUGAAGCAGAAAACGCCUGUCGACAGGACGAUAAACGUUGAGAAAGUUCUCUACAGACACUCUCUCACGGCUAUUGAUAAUUCAGUCAGGAUUGCAAAAUAUGGGCCUUCUGAAAUGUGCAUGGAAGAAUUGAAACUGGCCUACAUCCUGCUACACUGGAUCGAAUGCAUGGCUAUACUGGAGCCUGAUAAAAGGAUCGUUAGAAGAAUCAAACAUGAAGUCGAAGCAAAAAUUAGAGAAUUGGACAUGGAGGGAUUCGUGUACUUAUAGCCCCCCUCUCUCAUCUCGAGAAUUUUACAAUGUACAGAUCUAUUUACUUCUUUUUUUACUUUGAAUCGUACACAUUUGUGUACAUUUUUUAACUUUAUGUAUUUCCAUUCUUCCAUUAUAGUGAAUAUAUAAUUAAAUAUUUAUAUCUAUAAAUAUGUAAUGUAUAUAUAUAUAUAUAUAAAUAUAUAUAUAUAUAUAUAUAUAUAUGUAUAUAUGUAUACAUUAUAUACUUAUUUUUUAGUUGUAAAUGAGUGUUUGUAGUACCACACAUACUCAAAAUCAUCGAAAUGUAAAUCUAUCAUAUGUUGAUGUGUCCUAUGUAUUUAUAAUUUAACCGUGUACAUAAUGUAUAAAUUUUAAUCCGAAAAACUCAGGACUCUUUGAUAGCUAUUUUCUUUACUUUUCAUCCUUGCAAAAGACAGUCUCAAGAUUUUUUUACGGUGAUGUGUGUUUAUAUGGAAUGCAAACUUUAGCGAACUGUAUCAUUAUUGAUAAUAAUUAUAAUUAUAUUAAUAAAUAUUUUUAUAUUUAUAUUGAUAAUUGUCAUCGUUAUAUUGUUAUUAUUACUUAUUUCAUAUUAAUUGUGAUAGCUCAGAUUCAUCUCAAAAGUCAAGAAAUCUAAUUUAAUUUUUUUUCACCAAGUCAUUUUUUUUAUCAGAAACAGUUUCAGAAAAUAUAUUUGUUCAAUUUUAACAAAUAUAAACUUUAAAAAUUUUUUUUUAUUUAUCUGAAAAUAUUAAAUGUUUUAAUGUAUUGAUCUUUGCCUUGACGUCGUUUGGCUAUACAUUUUUGGAUUCAUUUGACAGUUUUAAAAAUAAAAAUUUGUAAAUUGUAUAAAUAUCGAGUGUAAUUUUCUCGAUUAGAAAGUCAAGUUUGAAUGGUGAAGUUUUGGAUAAGGAUUAUCGCAAGUUAAUUAUUUUACCUCCAAUUAUAUUCUCUUGGUAAAUUUAUUUUCCAUGUUUUAAAUUUUAUUUCAUAGCUACUGUCAACACUACAUUCAUUUAACGAUGAAAUCAUCAUUAUAAGAGUACCUACAGCUGUGUAUUGUGUUUUAAAUUCGUUAUUUUUUAAUCUGUCGUUGACUAAUUAGUUUUUAAAUUUUUUUAAAUGUAAAAAUUGACUACGAAAAUUAUCGGAGAAUGUUGUCUGAUUGGCGUCUAUGCAUUCAUGGUGCUUAUCGAUGGAGUGUUACGAUCUAGUGUAAUUACUCUAAGUGUUUCGUGUGUGAUAGUUGUACAAUUUUUUCUUUUUGGCAGAAUUUUGUUAAAAUCUUCGAUUAAAAUUAUAUUUUGUAAAAUAAAUUACGAUUUG